AUGUCAACAGAAGAAGAAACCUCAUUCUUCCACACUUUAUCAGACCAAUUAAGUAGGCUUACAAAUUCAAUAUCGACUAAUGGGGUGGUAACAAUAAUAGACUCUUUUGAGGGGGAUCCCAAAGCCUUUAGGGAAUGGACGAGAUCCAUUGAAAAGUAUGCAGUGUUAGCAUCCAUUCCAACUGAGAGAAUGAAAUUGAUCGCUUAUCAAACGAGUAAAGGGGUGGUGUCUAAUUUUAUUAGGCGCUAUCUCGAUACCCAUCCCACAGCAGAUUGGCCUACGCUAAAGGAUGAACUCUCGGCGCUUUUUGCAGAAGUAACUGAUGCACAACAUGCUUUCGCGUUACUCCGAAAAGUUAAACAAAAUCAUAAUGAAAAUGUACAAUGUUUUGGUGAGCGACUUUUGGUAUUAGCGGCGGAAGCAUAUUCAGGAACAUCGUCGUUAGAAAUAGAAAGGCAACUUGUAGGGUUCUUUGUUGACGGAUUAAAAGAAAAUUAUUUAAAAUUGAAAAUUCUACGGGAAAAUCCCAAAACUUUGCAAUUAGCGGUGACCUUAGCCAUGGGUGAGCAAAAUUUGAGAACACAGUUCGCUUUAAGAACAGGAAGUAGUUACCCGCGUAACGAAGAUAGUUCUAGCCGAGACGAACCCAUGGAGGUUGACCAUUUCCGACCCAGGAAAUGCAGAAUUUGCUAUAGACAUGGACAUGAGGCAAAAGAUUGCCGACGAAAACCUAACAAUAGACAUGUUAACAGUGCGGACUCAUUUAAGGAAUCCCGUCCUCCAAUUAAAUGUUGGAGAGAUCCAGUGUUACCGUUAGACAAUAUUCUCAAACAUAGACGUAAGUUUUUAGGUGAAGUAUCGUAUAGAAUUAAGAGUCAACUCACAGGCAAAACGACCAAAGCUCAUGCAGAGCAAUUACGGUUGGCUAAAAUAGACGAAUGGGACAUUCCAACUGAUGAACAAAGACUUAGACAGGCUAAGUAUGUAGAACCCCUCUCUGAUUCGAGUUCUGAGGGCUCUGCUUCGGAGUAUUCCGAAAACGAUGAGUUACCCUUAGCUCAGUUAAUCAAAAAGUACAGACGUGUACGUGAAAACUCCUCCAGUGAGAGCGAUAUACCUCUCAUGGAAUUAGCUCAAAGGAUAAGAGCACAAGAUAACGAUGUUAGCGACGAUAGUAAUGUAGAAAGUAAAUCGUCGUCAGAGAGAAUGCGUUGUAUUUGGUUAUUAUUAUUACCUGUUUAUGGUAUCACUGCGGCAACCAAGGUUUCUCAGAAUGUACUCUUUCGACCAGUACAUCAGGUAUCCACAAGUCGGUCUAAAUGGCUCUUGACCCUGGUCCAUGAUAUAACUCCGUUUACGAAGUUCACCAGUGACCUUGCCAUUGACAUAGGACGUACUUUACUCACUGUAGACGAAAUAAUGACGAAUUAUUCUGUAGGGAACAAUAGUUUAGAAUAUGAAAAUACGUUUGGCAAAUUAAAGAUCGAGGUAAUAACUCUUCGAGACGAGAUAGAAGAUCUACUGGAUGGUGUGCAAGACUAUAGAGCACUGUCCAUGAAACAUGCUAGGCCAAAAAGAGCUCUUAUUCCAUUUGUAGGCAAAGCGUUAAGUUGGUUGUUCGGUACUGUCAGUACCGACGAUUUAAAUGUCAUAAGAAGUAAUAUCGAUACGCUAGCUAAUAACCAACAAGCUAUUCAACAUGUAGUUGCUGAAAGCUUGUCUAUAUUAAAUGUAUCACGCUUACAUAUUUCAGAAAAUAGGCAACAAGUUAAUGUAUUAUCAGAUAGUUUACGAAACUUGGAUAUCAAGAUAAAAAACGUGGUUCGGCAAUUUAAAAAGAAACUAGUAAGUUCAGAAGGAUUUCUUCAUCUAUAUUUAAGGAUGAAGUUAGUUCUUGAUGACCUCAAAAACAUGUACCUUCGAGCAGAAAUGUACGCAUCAGAAAUCAAACUUCAACUUAACAUGCUUUCCUUAGGACAUUUGUCACCAAGUGUAUUGACUCCCGGAAGUCUCCGCAAACUAUUACUCGAAAUUCAAUCCCACCUACCUCCGAGUGUACGACUUCCGGCAAAUCCUAAGAAAAACCUUUGGCAUUACUACCGAAUUUUAAACUGUGUAACGAUAAUCGAAAAUAAUAAGAUCAUUGUUGUGUUGAAUAUACCCUUAUUAGAUUCCGAUCGCGUAUUUGAAAUUUAUAAAAUUCAUAAUUUACCAUUACCUAUGACGAACAAAUUAAUUUUAUCGAAGUCUAAAGCGACCUUUAAAAUGGUAGCCUCAUAUCGGCUCGAGGCUGAGGUCAUCGCAGUUAAUACUGAUAGAACAAAAUAUGCAAUUCUAGAUUCUGACGAAUUCACUAAAUGUUCAGACCCAUUGGCUGGAUUUUGCCAAAUUACAAGUCCUAUCUACCCUAUUAAUUUGUCACAACUCUGUAUAGUUGCCUUGUUUACGGAAAAUCGAGAGAAGAUACGCCAAUUAUGUAAAGUCUUUAUUAAGCCGAACUGUAUUUUACCAGUGGCAACAUAUUUAACAAACGGUAUGUGGAUGGUUGUCACGCACCGACCAAUCCGAUUUUCAAUUGUAUGUCAUCAGACUAGUUUCGUACACCAGUCUGUCGUGAUACGGCCACCGAUACAAUCGAUCACCUUACCACAAUCAUGUAAGGCUCAAAAUGAUUUUCUAGAACUACCCGCACACUUUUCGAACGAAAGUUCAUACAUGGAUUCCACGUCCUUCCCAAACGUGACUGCUAUUUUUGAGAAAACAAUUCAAGACCUUUGGCAACCUUAUAUCACCAAAUUCGAGAAUUACUCACUUACAAAAUUACCACCCAAAUUAGAACAUAUUACUGAUAUCCCAAUGAAGGAACUAACGUACGAAAUUGAGAAUUUACAGAAAUUAGAGCAUGAAGCUACAGAAAAAUGGCCACUUUGGAAAAUCGCUGCUAUUAGCAUAGCAGUAAUAACGGGUAUUUUGAUACUCUUUGUCUUUAUAAAAUAUUGUUUAGUAGGAAGAAUGGGGCAUAGGUUUCUGUCGGUUCUUCGAACUCGGACUGCUCAUGGGCGGGGAAACAAAAGGUCUUCCGAUGUGGAGUUGCGCACUAUACCUUCCGCUCCAAAUGAUGAACCAACAUCUCGACCUGGUCCUACGGUUCCUCUACUUCCUAACAACAUGUACCCGCCAAUCCCUAGACCGAGGGAUGAUCCUCCAACCCCAUCUGAUGAAUCCAGUAUUCCUCUACCUAAAGGAAGAAUGACCAUAGAUUAUUUAUUAAAGUUGGCACAAAGCCGAAAUGCUGCCAAAGCCCAAGAAUCUACAACGUAA